AAGACAGCAGUAUUCGAAGACUUUGAGUUGAACAAGUUGAGGUCAGGUAGUGCGGGUCACAAAUUCAAAUAAAAAUCCAGAAGAGUCAACACAACAAGAUGUACUUACUCGUACUCGUCCUCGUUUCUUCCGCCCUUUCGCUUUGCCGAUAAGUUGAGCGGCAACCAAAAAAUCUUCCGUAUAUUGAAGAUGAUGACUAAGCCCAUGGCUAAGCAAAUGGAAGUGCCGUUCACUCCCACGCGGCCGGUCGCAUCGAGCCGCGGAGUUGCACUCAGGCGCUCUUGUCUGUCUGCCGAAUUUGGUUAAGAAUUUGGUUAAGAGUGCUUGUUUCCUUCUUGUGUGGGCUGAACCACGAGGACCAGCUGUAAGAAGUCUUCCGGGUGGUUUCUUGCGUCGACGACUAGAAUCGAUUUGCAUAGUACCGCCGGAGGAGUAGAGCUAGAGCUCCUCAACAGAGCUCAUUUCUUUGUGCACGACCCGAGGAAACUAGCUCGUGCGACUUGCCGUCUGCCGACCAGCUCUACUUCAUCGAAGCAUGAACUUCGAUGGGUCAGGAACGAAUUGGGUGUUUCCCAUGCCCGGCUCGGGGCAGUUUGGGAACAGUCAAAUGGCCGGGGCCGGGAGCCAGCAGCUGGGUGCGGCGAACCCCGGGAUGGCAGCCGGGCAGCAACAGAUGAUGCAGCAGCAACAACAGCAGAGUCUGAUGAUGGGCGGCGCUGCGAUGUCGAACCAGCAGUACACAAUUGAAUGGUAGUACUCACACCCAUAUCUUCAUGCUCGCAAAUGUUGUUCUACACGCAUCGUUUUCAUGUGUAUAAACGUCUAUAGUCUGUCAUGCCAUGAGUUUUUAGUUACCAUGAUGCCGCGACCUGGUCGCGAACAGGCAUUCAUUCCAUUUGGCGUUUUGCAUCUCUUCGCGAUGUGCAGACAAAUGUAAGUACACGAAUCUGUUAUGGUUGUGGAUUUCUGUGGGAUAAGGAGCAGAACAUGCUGAUGGCCGCAAACCAGCAGCAGAUGAUGCAGCAGCAACAGAUGCAGCAGAUGCAGAUGCAGCAACAGAUGCAGCAGCAGAUGCAGCAACAACAGCAAACCACGGCCAACAUGCCAAUGCAGCCCCAGCCACAGCAACAAGCGGCGAUGAUGAACCAGCAAAGCGCCAUGAUGAACCUGAACCAGAACGCGCUCUCCAUGACACCGCAACCGAAUGCGAACGCCCAGCACUAUGCAUUUUUACAGAAAAUAUGGCUGGGUCUGGAGCUGUGAUGCGAGAUUUCGAUUUGUAUCCAGGGUGUCGCCGCCUGUAAGAAUCACUACAGAUGUAGAAGUUGGGGGCUCGGUAGCGCUACUUAGCGCGCUCGCGCAAUCUCUUAUAGGCAUGACAAAUGUCCAGACCCAGACCACAAAGUUCCAGUUGAUAAGCAGCAGCUCGCGGCGAAUGGAAUGCUGUUUAACAACCAGGUGCAGCUCCCACCAAGUCCGCAGAUUGGCAACCAAAACAGUGGCCAACAACUGAACGCACAAAACGGUGGAAACAUGAUGCGUGCAGGCGGUGGAGGAGUGGGACAGCAGCAGGGCGGAUCUGCACAACAGCAACAGGUUGCGAACAUGCAACAGCAGCAGAUGCAGCAGCAACAGCCGAUGCAGGGCACAAACCUCCUGCUAAACACGUCCGGAAUGAGUCAAAAUGGAGGAGGCAACAUGCAGCAGAUGCAGGUGCAGCAACUCCAACAGCAAACUGCAGCGCCACAGCAGAACACGAUUGCCACGCCCAAUGGUCAGCAGGUGAGCCAGGGGAUGUUGAACAUGAACAUGCCCAUGAACGGUCAACAGCAAGGCGUCGUACCGGGACAGCAGCUCGCCCUCGGAGGAGGCGCCGGGAACAUGCAGUCACAGCAAAGCAGCAAACAGACAAACAAUUUCCAAUUGGGCAACAUGAACCAUAAUCAAGCCGGGGCAGUUCAAAUGCAGCCGAUGGACCCAAACAGCCUGGCUCAGCAACAGCAGCAGCUCAUGAAUCUCAACCAAGGGAUGCAAUUUUCCGUAGGCAAUCCAGGACAAUUGGGAGGAGGUGGUGCUGCGGCUACAAACACGAGCGGAGGCCAGCCGCAGAUGGCUGGCGGAGCGGGAGGUGCUCCAACGGGUACCCCCUCCAUGAGCAUGCUGCAACAGAAUGCGAGCCCCUUCCUGCCACAGCAAAGCCAAACGCAAGCAGUCAUGGGCGGGCAGCUGCAAAACCUAGGAGCUGGUGUCAACGGCGGCUUCAGCAUGAACAACGCAAACACUGGGCUUAGCAAUCUUCAGCAACAGGUGAACAAUGCCGGCAUGACGUCCUCGCAACCCAGUACAACGACGCAACUGCAACCGAACGUGCCUAAUUUUGUUCCAGGUGCAGGUUUGCAAAACCUCCAGAAUUCGGGUCUGCCCCAGACUUUGCAGCAGCAGCUCGUGCCUGGUGGAGGCAGCGGAAAUAAUACUUCCGGCGGGGCAUCAUCCAACAUCGGCGGUCUUAGUAACCAGCACCUCGGAGGAGCAGGUGGUAACAACGGGCCAACAUCAAGGAACAACCUGAACAAUAGUCUGUCUGGUGCCCAGCAACACAUCGCCGGUGGCCCGAAUAGCGGCACGCCUAACCUAUCGGGCGGACCGCAGCUCCAGAUGGGCGCGAAUACGGCGCAAAACGCCCCUGGGGGGCAGCAACAGCACAAUUCAUACGGCGGUAAUCCGGGCCAACCACAGCAAUACGGCGGUGGAAGUAGUGGCAAUGCCAAUGCCCAACAGCAGCAGCAUUACGGCAUGGGAGGUGGUGGCAAUGCUUUCUCGACCUCGAGCAGCGGGGCCGCCAGCGGCGCACCACCACCCCCGCAGCAGCAGCAGCAGCAUGUUGGCGGCGGCAACAAUAAUUCGGGGAAAAACAAUCAGUUCGGCAACGCCGGCAAGGGACGCAACUCCGGAAAACCGCAGGGCGGCGGGAACACCGCCGGCGGUGGCGGAGGAUCGUACAACGCGACCAGCAACCUCGAGUCACAAUACCAUCACGCCGGCAAUGGCGGUGGCGGAUCAUACGCUAGCUUAGAUCACCAACACCACGGCGACGGCAGAAAUCCGCCGGGUGGUGGGAGUAGUACCUAUGGACCCGGCUCCGACAACAUGAUGCGAGGUAGUGGUCAGGGAUCCUCAUAUCACGAAAACAACAUGAAGGGUGGGGGCGGAGGCGGCCGCCGAAAUUUUGAAAAAGGCGGGUAUGGAAAAGGUGGCAGCCGUCAGGAUCGCUACAACCAGAAUCGCGACGAAGAGUACGGCUACUACAAUUACGGCGCACGGCAAAACGGCGGAGGCUCCGUUUUCGGGGACCGCGGAACUCAGGGCCCAAACCAAUCCGGGUUUCUCGACCAGAGUGGCAAGAGGUACCGUGCAUCAAUAAGUCCAUAUUCUUAAAAAAGCAGAAUGAAUUUCUUUAUACGCUCCUCAUUCUCUGUAGGAAAGAAGGGACCACCAGCGGUGCUCUAAUAUCGUCAUCAACAUCCACCUUGGAGGACUGAUUGUAGGACACAAGAAAAAGCAGGAGCGCACCAUCGAGGUGUCGUUGUUUAUUUCUUUCCGCGCGUCGCAAUUCUAAAACUAAAUCUGACUCAAAUUGUCAAGAGGAAGAGGUGCACACGCGUAAGUAUGAUUCUUCUUUUUUUCCUUAAGGUUGCAUGCGGGUGGCAUUCAUUCCGGGUCAGAUCCUCGUGGCCUAAAGGACAAUAUGCCCGCCAACACGAUGAUCAAUUGCCCCAAGCGGCCCGUCCCCAACCCCCCGCCCGCGCUCGUGGUGCCCUGGGGCGCCAAACCCAGCAGUUUCCCCGACCUUGGUAUCGUAAGGGAAAUUCCCCCCCACCUCCGCAUGUUCAAAAGGCGAGGACUGGUGUUGCUGGAGAAUUUGUGUACACGAACAACCAAGUCCAAUUGUCACGUCUUCAGAUGCCAAGUGAUGUUGUGGAUCCUAGUGCAGCCAGGCUCCAUCUCCAUGUUCAACACGACAGAGACUAACUGUCUUGCCCAGAAUAGCGUGACGAAUAGCCUUCUAGCAACCCAGGCCGCCAGCGCGUCCCGUUGCCUUCUAGCAACACAGCUCGAUUUGUGUACGCAAGCCGCGCAUCACAAAUCGUAUUUUUAUGAGUAUGGGGAGGGGGGAAUUUUCCUCACAAUUCUUGGCGCCGACGAAGACGACGAGCUAGCAGAGAUCAUGAAAAGCCCUCUUAUCUACUGCAAAUGAAUAUCUGCGGGUCUGGAAAGUUGUCUGACAAAGUGGCCAGAGUAUGAGCAUGAAGCCAAGCAUCAUGUUGACACAUUUUGUUUUGAGCGGUCCUGUGGUGCGCAGCACAUUGGCUAAACUGCUUUUCCUUUUUAUACAUGACACAGAAACAGCGCUAUUCCGCAACACGAACACGCAGUACAUGAGAAUUUGGGAGUAUAGUCAGGAGUUGAGCGCUACAGAUCUUGCAUUCUUCCAGACCGAGACAUAUUUGCAGUGAAUACCUCGCCGAAACAUGCAAUUGCGACUGUAUUUUUUCGAUGUAUCUAGAUUUUAUCAAGCUAGGGUCCUCGUCUCUGCCUACAUGCUUUUGCUCCAGAGGGGAGCUAUUCCAAAAGUGGCAGAAGUCGUGAAGCUUUUGAUAGCCGACUUGUGGUAGAUUGUGUCGAGAACACGGUCCCCGUGGUUUUUUACUUUUGUUGUGCCGCAUCUGGAAAACCAGCGAUCAUCUCUGUGCACGACGAAGAUGCACCAUUUGUUUCCCGACACAACAGGUACUACCCGCCUACCAGCCUGCCACAAGGCUUUGACCAACAGGUGGAAGAGUACGAGCGGACCGGGCGAAUCUACAUGACCACCAAUCCAGCCUCGUUUGUGGGCGGCGCGUACCCGCGCAAGCGCAACGAGGUGUUGCAGGAGUUCGGGUCAAAUUGGGAGCGAACAAAGUACCGGGAAUUCAACAAAGCUGCCAUCGAUAAAGAGAAAACAGGUAUUUGUAAUUUUGAAGUUGUAGUACCCUGGACGAGGCCGCCACAGGCACCGACUCGUGGUCACCUGCUUCUUCUACUGUUUGAUGUUCAUGAUCUCCUUGUUGUUCUCUCCUUUGAUACGAAGUGAUAUUUCAUCCCUUUGAGUUGUAUUUUCUUUCAACGAUAUUAAAUAUACGAAACUGGAUGAACAGACGGCUCCACCACAUCGUUUUAUGGGUACGGCUAUCCGAUAGUGCGGCAGGGGGGCUACCCGGUGGAGCGGUAUGAAUCCCCGCCGACCGACGGCGGCGCGUCCUUCUACAUCGGGCCGCAUAUCAAAUGCAAAAAUGUCUGGGUCUGGGAGGAUGGAACUUGUCAUGCUAAAUCUGAAUCAUGCAAGCAAUCUGUGUUGCGUGAUUACCAACAGCCGUCGUUUUUUACCAAGUUGAAAGGGAAUUUCUCAUGCAGGAUAGGCAUGCUAGAGAUCUCACAGAGUUUGUCAUGCUAGGCGCUGCAUUCCAGACCUCAUGAGUCAUAGAAAACCUGCAUGACAAACCUGGCAAUCUUCCAGACCCAGACACUUUUACAGUUGAUACCGCAGGACUGUCUGCAACUCGUCACGUUUGUGAAUGAAGAGCAGGGAUGGCAGGAACCGGACGCGUAUCAAAAGGAAAAGUCCCCCCUCCCCAUAUCGGAAAGGCACGUCUCAGAAAAUUUGCAAUGCUGAUUUGUGACCACAAAUCGUCUCUGUCUUGCAAGAACGCAACUCCGCAGGCCCCGCCGCAUUCUGCAAGCGGUUUGUGAUGCUGUUGGCCCUACAGACUAGACGUUUGCCAUGCUUAGCGCCUAGCCCAGAGCCUCCCCACUCAGGCACAGCAUAGGCCUGCAGUCCUCUCUAGAAAGACAAAUCUGAUUUGUGUACGCAAAUCCAGCAUCAGAGGCUUCGUUUUGAUAUGGGGAGGGGGGAUUUUCCCUUUUGAUAACGCGGGGCGUGUGUUCGAGGUGAUGGGCGGCAUGGAGCGAUUUGCGAUUUUGACGGACCGCGAGCCGGUCACGUGGGGCUCCGGGCCGUCCGCCGAACUGUACUACGCGCCCGACUUUGAAACCGAACGGAGCUACUUCCACCCCGAGCGUGCCACCCUGCGCGCGCAACAGGCCUUGAACCCCCCCGAGUCCUCUGGCGCAGGAUCUGCAAAUAGUAUGAAGAGGUCGGGCAAAGGUGGCAACCACGCGGAGAAUUACGACAGUUACGAUCAGCACCCCGGCGGCAACAACAGCGGUAUGCUGUCCCGGGGCGGGAGCUCAGGUGGGCCGGGCGGAGGCGGAGCAGGAAACAGUUACAAUCAGGAUCUUCAACCUCCCGGGCAACACCUUGGCGGUGGUGGAGGUGCAAGAUGGAACAACAAAAACGAGAACUACGGAAACCAGCAGAACAUGGCGUCCUACAAGGGCGACUAUCAUCAAGGGAAUGGAGGCCCUGCUCCAGGCGGUGUCUCGGCGACAUACAACGAGCAUCAGCGUUUGCGUGUAUCCACUGGUAAUGUACUUACACAUGUCUGGGUCUAUACUUGAUGAAAGGCAGGAAUUGAUACGUAUGAGGUUACGACGCUAGUAUGCAGAUACUAUCCGCGAGGUGGAUACUGUCUGUUGACGCAUCGUAGGUAUUCGAAGUGAGCGCAGCGUACCUGAAUGUAGUUUGCUCUUUUCCCGUCCCUGACAUGUUUGCGAAGAUGCAUAGCAUGACCGCGACUACAACAAUGCGCCCCCGCGAGGACCACAGAAUGAGCCAAACUUUCCGCCGAACAACAGAAACAACUUUCAGUCGAACCGAAAUGGCGGAGGGGAUCACCCCCAGUUUCUGCUGAACAACCCGUCAAACCACGGAGGCCAAAUGAUGAACAACCCAGGCGGGGGAAAUAAUGGCAGAGUAUCCAAUGCAAGCGAAUCGCAACUACUUGAUCGAGGAGAAAUGUUGGCAGCAAAAAGGGCAUGUGUCCUGCAUGCAGCGAAUGAGUAGGCAACGCAUGAGAGUUUGGUUUACGAAUUGGUAGUACCGGUAGUGCGGUAAUAUUACAAUGUCGACGAGCAGUUAUGCGAGGUUUUUUGCAUAGGAUACAAAGGCAUGCAAAACAACUCCGGGAAUGCCGAUGUAAAAAUGUUGAACAGCGACAACGGGUAUGGGAGCGGUAACUACAACAGCAACAAUAAUGCGACGUCUUAUAACAACUACAAGGAACACAAGAAUGAGUUCGGCCGGAACAACGGGAACCAGCACUAUGGCUUCAACAUGCCAGGGGACCAGCCGCGCGACGGGAGCAAGUAUGGGCGGAGCGCAAACAUGGGUGGUGACGGUGUGAUGAACAACAAUUAUGUACAGCAACAAGGCUAUAACCAGCCCCCACGAGCGGCACACCACGGCCCCGGUAACACAAGUAAACUCGGGGCUUUCUCGAAGGAGGGAGGCAAUAAUAUCCGCGACAGCAACCGUGGCGGCGGAGUGGGAGGACCUGCGUCCGGGUCCUCGCAAUACAACAGCAGCCUUGGCGGCGGCCUGUCGGCGGACCAUUUGCCUAUGGACUCAAUAUCCUCGCAGCUCACCGGCAGUCCACCGCCCAACAGCGCACGCCUACCGCCAUCGUCGAGCUUUAGCACGGCCUCGCAGAAGACCGGUGAUUACAACCAUGGCGGGAGCAGCAGUACCUCCUCGAACUUCGGCGACGGAUCUUCCUACAAGGCCGACAGCAACAUACUGCCCCCACCCAGUCUGCCAAACACGGGCGGCAGCUCAAGCAAAGGUGGAGACAACUUCGGUGGGAAGCGACCCUCACCGAACCACAGCAGGUACAAAGCAAUAAAUUGGGUAGCAGUGGUAGAAUUUAUACCUGUGCUAUACUUUUUCUUCUUGUACUCCGCAGCUUUAAUUCAAGAGUCCGUGCCUGGUGUCUCUGUCUGCAAGCUAAGAAAUAGCGAAUCUGGCUGCGCCCAGUGUUAGGAAAAACAUCAAUGGGAAGAUAGAGAAUCUUUCGCAGGUAUGGCUCCGAAGCAGGGAAUGGGAAAGAUGGGAACCGCGAAGAAAGGCGCGCGGCCCGUGAAGAGCGCAGAAUGGCGGGCCGGGAUGAGGUAAUCGCCAUUCUUCUUCCUCUUGUGCGAAGAAUUAUACUGAAUUGUGUAUGUGAUAUAAGUAAAACAGUCCCAAGCUCAAUAAGUCAACCGCGCUGUGAUGCCGGUGGACAUUAUCAACCCUGUUUCGCUUCUGCUGCGUUCUAGCCAGCAACAGGUCGUGCUCGUGAUGCAUGAUUCAAUCGAAUGAGAAUUUACUCUACAGUGGGCAUCGACCGGUGCGCGCGGUACACACAAUGGCGGAAGCAACUGGAACAAUAAUGAGCGGGGAAGCGGUGGGGGCGGAAGCAGCUACAACAAUGGUAACUACACCAAACGACAAGGCGGGAAAGGCCGCGGCAAGGAUCGUUCUUACCAUUGGGAGGAGGAAAGAACAACGACAACUGCUUCCAACUCGUUUGUAGGGCAGAGUAGCAGCAACAGCAAGCAGGACAGUCUGGCAUACCAAUAGCGUACCGCAACCUACGGACUCAGUUCGCUGUUUACUCUGUGCAGCCGCCCUUAUCAAGCUUAUUCAAAUGAAUAACGUACAGAGCCCUUUUCUUGCAUACCUCAGUGCGAACAAUAGUGGGUCUAGAAGAUGACGAGCCUCCUCCCAAACUUCAUGUUUUAAUGCCGCGCCAAUCCGAUUUCAAAUCGUGGCAUGACUAGAGGCCUAGAUUUUUGUACAUGGACCGUGACCUGCUUUUUUUUCUUUUCCGUAUCAACGCCUUUUAUUCUUCUUCUGCUUUAAUAUCGCGACAAGGACAAGGAAUGAACACAGGAGCAAUUGCUGCGAAAAGUAAAUUGAUGAUCGAUGGUGAUGGUGGCCCAUUUUAGUUUUGUUUUGAAUUUGAUUUUGAAGAUGCCGCGACGCAUACAUUUGAUUUUUUUCUGUAUUUUAUUGGGCGUCAAAUUUGAGAUUUUCAUCACAUCUCAUCGAUGUAUGAGUUUGUAGAAACACAAGGACAACAAGCCCCAUCAAGUUUUCGAAAUGAUGACAAGAAUUCCAUGAAAAGAUCAUCAGCUCGAUACUACCAGCAGGGUUCUAAGAAAAUGAUCGUGUUGUAU